AAGGCACAACACAAGGGAGUUGAAUGAUCAAUAGUCUAGACUCUUGUGUGGUGUUUGUUUGACCAUGACCACGUGACCAACCAAAUCCCGUUUUCCGUUACCCUACAAAUAUCUCGUUCCCGUUGUGCGGUUCCAACCGAAACCCCUUUCCUCCGAUCACCGGUUAAAUGGUUCCGACCACCGGUGACCGGCAUUGACACCACUUUUCUUCCGGCAAGGCCUAGCCCUUUCCAGAUUCAUGGAUCCCUCUGAUUCUCACUCCCACUCCCAAGAACAGGAACCGCCCAAGAAGAACGGCGUCGUAUUUGUCGUACUGCGAUGGGUUCUUGCGAUUGUCUUCCCCUUCCUCUUCUUUCUCUCAAUUCCCUUUCUGGUUGGUUUGCUGGUUCUCAUGUUCGCCGAUUUCUCUAUUCCCAACCCCAUUUCUCUCCCCUCACAGUGCAAAAUCGUCUCCACAGGUGUUGAUAUCAGGUCAUCUAAGAUUUGCGAAAUUGGAUUGUUAAAUUAUAAAGCGAAGGAUGUGUUUCAGCAUUUUGAAAGAAGCAAAUUUCGCUGCCGUUAUGAUUACUAUUGGGCUUCAGUAUUCAAGGUAGAAUAUAAAGAUCACUUUUCCGGUCAGACACAAGUUGCAUUUGCUGAGGCUCCAAAUGAGGCCCUUCCUCUAUAUUGCAGACCUAAUUUUGGUGCUGCAUGGCUGACACAAUAUAAAUUUAAGGUCAAUGAAACUUACAAUUGCUGGUACACAUCUGGCAUUUCCAAAGUUCGUUUACCUCAAGAUAAUCUUUUUGGUUGUCAUGCCCACCAGCAGUCUACUCUUGAAAAGAGUAGAGAGUAUUCUACCAUGGCUAUGGAGAUGGCAAUUUCCUGGUUUUCCAGUAAAGGAAGGGCCAAGCAUUGGAGGUGGGAAACUUUAAUUGGAGUUGUAAGUGGAUUCUUAACUUCAUUGAUCUCCAUAACCUUCAUUAGGUUCCUACAUAUACUGCUAUCAUCUAUAUAUCAAUCUUUCACAACAUGGAUGUUUCCUUGGCGUGUCAAUGCCGUUCUCAUCAAGCGCGCUUGUUUUCUUUUGGCAUACUUAUCUUUUGUGGCUUGGUUAGCUAUAGAAUAUGGGAAGAGACUUGGUCUCAUGGACAUAUUUAAUUUCCCUAAAUUAUAGCACUCGUUUUUAGAAAGAGCAAUGUCCUUUUCGCAGAAUCGCAAUGUAAUAUUAUAACUGCAGCAGGUGAUAUUCUUGUCACAUGAUAAAUGAGUGUCGCUCUGUGUAACGAAGUUAUGUAUAGUUCGAGGAGGGGAGGAAUUAAAACUGCAUUAGUUUAAAGUAAAUGUACUCAUUUACUAUUAAAGGAAAGAAUGCUAAGCUUAGUUAAAACAGGGAGUUUGGGAAUAGUGGUUUACAUUGUUGUAUCUUAUAUGUCGGAUAUGUUUGAAAUGCCGGGGUUGAGCCACCUAUGCACUAGUUAAAGAAGUUGUAAAAUUCAUUACUGUAGCAUUUGAUUUGUUGGAAUGAUUUUGGUGGUCUUGAGAAUGAAAUGGACUUACCAUUUAUUUUUCA